AUGCGCCCAUCUCACAUCCUCGCCGCCCUGGGCGCCACCACCACCACCUUCGCCCAGGCACAGGACACAAAACCCAACCCGGACCAGGUCGCCCAGGCCACCGACUGCUCCUCCUCGACAACCACGACCUGGGCCCUCCCCAGCACCUCGGCGCCGUCGACGAUCCCGGCAAACUUCACCGUGACCCUCAUCGACGCGCCGGCCAACAGCACAACCACCGACGGCUCCUUCACGCUGACGAUCACCAGCGCCGGGACCGGCCCCGUGACCGCCACCUCCUCGUCGUCCCCGGCCGCCGCGUCCAGUAGCAGCAGCAGCGUCGCAGCCGCGGCCGCGGCCGGGGAGGGCCUGUCCAGCGAUAGCAGCAUGCUGGGGCUCGUCAUCUUCUUCGCCCUGUCGUUGUGCCUGCUCUAA